UCCUGGGACUUGUUCUUUCUUUCGUGAAUCCCUCACCAGAAAGAGGAAUAGCAAUGGCGGACGCAGCUCCAGCCGCUCGUGGUGGAUUCCGUGGUGGAUUUGGCAAUCGUGGAGGUGCAGGUGACCGUGGGGGUCGUGGAGGCCGUGGGGGACGUGGUCGCGGCCGAGGCCGUGGACGUGGUCGUGGAAAGGAGGACCAGAAGGAAUGGAUCCCAGUUACCAAGCUGGGACGUCUGGUCAGGGACGGAAAGAUCCGCUCCCUCGAGGACAUCUACCUCUUCUCCCUCCCCAUCAAAGAGUACGAGAUCAUUGAUCAGUUCAUUGGGCCAUCCCUGAAGGAUGAGGUUCUCAAGAUCAUGCCUGUCCAGAAGCAGACUCGUGCUGGUCAGCGUACUCGAUUCAAGGCAUUCGUAGCCAUCGGAGACAGCAACGGUCACAUUGGUCUCGGUGUCAAGUGCUCCAAGGAAGUAGCCACCGCCAUUCGUGGCGCAAUUAUCCUCGCCAAGCUCUCAGUGGUUCCAGUGCGUCGUGGAUACUGGGGUAACAAGAUUGGUAAGCCCCACACUGUGCCGUGCAAGGUCACUGGCAAGUGUGGAUCCGUUCAGGUGCGUCUGAUCCCAGCCCCCAGAGGAACUGGUAUCGUCUCAGCCCCAGUCCCCAAGAAGCUUCUUCAGAUGGCUGGUAUUGAGGACUGUUACACAUCAGCACGUGGCUCCACCUGCACACUUGGCAAUUUCGCCAAGGCCACGUACGCUGGAAUCGCCAAGACCUAUGCCUACCUCACCCCAGACCUGUGGAAGGACAUGCCUUUGUCUGAGGCCCCCUACCAGGAACAUGCGGACUGGUUGUCCAAAAAUCACAGACCCGUUACUGGCCAACGGGCUGCCGAGGUUGUUUAAGACGUUUCAAUAAAUUGACACUGAAGACCA